CGCCUCCGCGGCGUCAUUGGAAUCUAACAGUUACUGGGCGCUCCAAGUGUGCUGAGCGGCGCGCUAGGGGUCGGGGGUGGCAUGGCGGACUGCAGGGGCCCGCUGCUUGGCGGUCAGGGCCUCCCUGAUAGACUGCAUUGAUCGUGCUCGCUUAGGUGGCAGCACCCGGCCCAGUGCUAGGCAUACAUUGGGCGCUCAGUAAAUGCCUCUUACAAGAAAGUGUGCAAUUUUCUGGUCCGCGCCGGUGCACCGCUAGGGGUCGCUCCUCGCUGGGGUGGGGGGGGGCACUAAUCAACGACCUGUUUACGCGCACGCGCAUUCCUUGCGGGGGAGAACUUGCGUGAGCCCUACCUCGAGGCGCCGGAGGCCACCACAACGCAGGCGCAUUCAGCUGCGGACCACCCCCUCCCCCCGCACUCCUGCCUCGCCACUUCCCGUCCUCGCCCGGCAGGCCUUCGCUUUGCGCACGCGCCGUGUGAGGUAACGGCCCAGAGAAGAAGAGACACUUUUCCCGCCCGGCUGCGGGGCGUGGCUCUGCGCGCAGCUUGAUGACGAGUUUCGGCGCCGUGGCGGAAUGGCGGCUUCUACCGCUGAGGCGGGCGACGCUAUGGGUCCCACAGUGGCUUGCUAAGAAGCCCGUUUUCAACUCUCCACUGGAGGCUGCUAUGGCGUUCCCUCACCUCCAGCAGCCCAGCUUUCUACUGGCUAGCCUGAAAGCUGACUCUAUAAAUAAGCCCUUUGCACAGCAAUGCCAAGACUUGGUUAAAGUCAUUGAGGAUUUUCCAGCAAAGGAGCUGCACACCAUCUUCCCAUGGCUGGUAGAGAGCAUUUUUGGCAGCCUAGAUGGUGUCCUCAUUGGCUGGAACCUCCGCUGCUUACAAGGGCGUGUGAAUCCUGUGGAGUACAGCAUCGUGAUGGAAUUUCUUGACCCUGGUGGCCCAAUGAUGAAGUUGGUUUAUAAGCUUCAAGCUGAAGACUAUAAGUUUGACUUUCCUGUGUCCUACCUGCCUGGUCCUGUGAAGGCGUCCAUCCAGGAGUGCAUCCUCCCUGACAGUCCCCUGUACCACAACAAGGUCCAGUUCACCCCUACUGGGGGCCUUGGCCUGAACCUGGCCCUGAAUCCGUUCGAGUAUUACAUAUUCUUCUUUGCCCUGAGCCUCAUCACUCAAAAGCCACUCCCUGUGUCCCUCCACGUCCGUACUUCAGACUGUGCCUAUUUCAUCCUGGUGGACAGGUACCUGUCGUGGUUCCUGCCCACCGAAGGGAGUGUGCCCCCGCCACUCUCCUCCAGCCCAGGCGGGACCAGCCCCUCACCACCUCCCAGGACACCAGCCAUGCCCUUUGCUUCCUAUGGCCUCCACCACACUAGCCUCCUGAAGCGACACAUCUCUCAUCAGACGUCUGUGAAUGCAGACCCCGCCUCCCACGAGAUCUGGAGGUCAGAAACUCUGCUCCAGGUUUUUGUUGAAAUGUGGCUUCAUCACUAUUCCUUGGAGAUGUAUCAAAAAAUGCAGUCCCCUCAUGCCAAGCUGGAGGUUCUGCACUACCGACUCAGUGUCUCCAGCGCCCUCUACAGCCCCGCCCAACCCAGCCUCCAGGCCCUCCACGCCUACCAAGAGUCGUUCACGCCUACUGAGGAGCAUGUGUUGGUGGUGCGCCUGCUGCUGAAGCACCUGCACGCUUUUGCCAACAGCCUGAAGCCAGAGCAGGCUUCGCCGUCUGCCCACUCCCACGCCACCAGUCCCCUGGAGGAGUUCAAACGGGCCGCUGUCCCAAGGUUCGUCCAGCAGAAACUCUACCUAUUCCUGCAGCAUUGCUUUGGCCACUGGCCCCUGGACGCAUCGUUCAGAGCUGUCCUAGAGAUGUGGCUGAGCUACCUGCAGCCAUGGCGGUAUGCACCUGACAAGCAGGCUCCGGGCAGCGACUCCCAGCCCCGGUGUGUGUCGGAGAAAUGGGCGCCCUUUGUCCAGGAGAACCUACUGAUGUACACCAAGUUGUUUGUGGGCUUCCUGAACCGCGCACUCCGCACAGACCUGGUCAGCCCCAAGCACGCGCUCAUGGUGUUCCGAGUGGCCAAAGUCUUUGCCCAGCCCAACCUGGCUGAGAUGAUUCAGAAAGGUGAGCAGCUAUUCCUGGAGCCAGAGCUGGUCAUCUCCCACCGCCAGCACCGACUCUUCACGGCCCCCACAUUCACUGGGAGUUUCCUGUCACCCUGGCCACCAGCAGUCACUGAUGCCUCCUUCAAGGUGAAGAACCACGUCUACAGCCUGGAGGGCCAGGACUGCAAGUACACCCCGAUGUUUGGGCCCGAAGCCCGCACCCUGGUCUUACGCCUUGCUCAGCUCAUCACACAGGCCAAACACACAGCCAAGUCCAUCUCAGACCAGUGUGCGGAGAGCCCGGCUGGCCACUCCUUCCUCUCAUGGCUGGGCUUUAGCUCCAUGGACACCAACGGCUCCUACCCAGCCAACGAUCUAGACGAGAUGGGGCAAGACAGCGUCCGGAAGACAGAUGAAUAUCUGGAGAAGGCCCUGGAGUACCUGCGUCAGAUAUUCCGGCUCAGUGAAGCACAGCUCAGGCAGUUCACGCUCGCCUUGGGCACCACCCAGGAUGAGAACGGAAAAAAGCAGCUUCCCGACUGCAUUGUGGGUGAGGACGGACUCAUCCUCACGCCCCUGGGGCGGUACCAGAUCAUCAAUGGGCUGCGAAGGUUUGAAAUUGAGUACCAGGGGGACCCAGAGCUGCAGCCCAUCCGCAGCUAUGAGAUCGCCAGCUUGGUCCGUACGCUCUUCAGGCUGUCGUCUGCCAUCAACCGCAGAUUUGCAGGACAGAUGGCGGCUCUGUGUUCCCGGGAUGACUUCCUCGGCAGCUUCUGUCGCUACCACCUCACAGAACCCGGGCUGGCUAGCAGGCACCUGCUGAGCCCCGUGGUGCGGAGGCAGGUGGCUGGCCACACCCGUGGCCCCAGGCUCAGCCUGCGCUUCCUGGGCAGUUACCGGACGCUGGUCUCGCUGCUGCUGGCCUUCUUGGUGGCCUCUCUGUUCUGCGUCGGGCCCCUCCCAUGCACGCUGCUGCUCACCCUGGGCUAUGUCCUCUACGCCUCUGCCAUGACCUUGCUGACCGAGCGGGGGAAGCUGCACCAGCCCUGAGGGUGUCAGCUGCCUUCAGAGCAGGCUGGGGGGAUUUGCCACACAGCCCCACCUUGGGCCUGAGAGGACCUGGGAAGCCCCUCCAGGAGGGACCACGGUCAUCCUCGGGCUUCUGGAGCAGGGUUCCUGCAGCCGCAGAGGCAUCUGGAGGAAACGCAACCAAGAAGGGAAGGCAGGCGGGGCCCGGCAAAGGAGUGGCUACCAGGCCUUAACAACCACGUUCUGUGACAGCGCAGAGCUCGGCGCCGGCCCCUCCCUCCCUCCGCCAAGGACUCUGCCCAGCCAGCUCUUGGGGCCUUUUUCCAGCGCCCAUUUGGGUACUCUGCCGCUAAGCUUGGGAGCCAGCCUGCCAACAGCCGCCUGGCCUGGCCUCCCGACUGGCUGGCCUUGAGGUGGGCAGAGUGGGUUGUGGCACCUCCUCUCCCUGUGUGGGACCAGGACGGUGGCUCAGCCUCCACUCCAGGGAAGAAUCAAAGUUUCUAGAGUCGUGAGAAAACUAUUGAGAGUGGCUCUCCUCUGAUUCUUCACUGUGAGGGGCAUUCUUCAUGUUCUCCCAGCUGUUCCAAGACUGGGCCGUAGAAUUCCAUGUUUCAGGAGCCUAAGACCCUCCCAGAGCCCAGGUGCUUCACCGCAGACCCCAAGCCGUCGAGCACAUCGCCCAGAGCAGUGGCCAACAUCAUGGACCCCUGUGCCUUGUCACAGAUGGGUGCUGGUCCUCAGGUGUUGCAGACACUGCUGGGUCCAUGGGGUCGGAGUCUGCCAGUUUCUGCUCUGCAGCCAAAGAUGGUCAGAAGCAUUGUCGCUUCACUAGCAUCAAGUGCUCAAAGACAUGGCAGCCAUUUGAUGGUACUUAAGUAUUCAAAAUGACGACAACUGCAGAUUCUCUGACAGAAACCAGCACGGGGUCUUCACCUUCCUUCACCCCACAGAUGACACGCCAGGGACAACAGCAUCUCAGUGGCGAUUUCCAAACCAAGCCUUUGUUUUUGCUGUGGGAGUUUGGGGGUUUGCUUUAAUGUUUUUCAAAUUGUAAAUGUUGGGCUUUGUAUUUUGAUGUAAACUGAGAAUAAUGGCAUUUUAGGGCCUGUGACCAAAAAUCAAGCUUGUAACUCGACCAUGGAUCUGAAUAAACCUGUCCUUGCUUCUGAG